UAAAUAAAUAAGAAUCGGCAAUGGAAGUGUGAAAAGACUUAGGAACUAAAUUGGGCUCAGAGAAUUUUGUCUCUGUUUGAGAAGUAUGAGCAUUCAUCGCACGAUAUUCGGUUAACUUGAUAUAAUAUUGCUCCUACUGAUUGCAGGGAUUCUUUAUCUGGUGGCCCAGCUAGAGAAAAGCGAGAUUAAGUGUGCAGAGACUACCAUAGAGCAAGGAAAAGACUUUAGUGAUAAUGAUAUAAAUUUGGAAGCAUGAAAAAGUGACCAAGGUAAUCAAAGACUUCAGAAAUCGUUGUUUAAACCCCGAAACAAAAGCUUUCCUCAGCCCAAACAGUCCUCCAUUUCCAGAGAAGAAGAGAGCACCUGAUCAAGCUUAGAAGGAGAGAAGAAUAAAAUAAGAGUUGAGCAUUAUAGAGAAACUGACUGGAAAGAAGAACUUUUGAUCUACAGGAGCUGUCUGAAGAAGAGCAAAGGGGCUUCUUUCAAGACAACAAAGAUGGAAAAUCUUUUAACUGAAUAAUAA